CACAUCUGCACUGACGUCAUCUCCACCACGAAAAGCUGCCAAUUCGGAACUAUACCCGGUUUCAGACCGGCUGAAUUGUAGUGUAAACCAACUUUUGCUGUGUUGCAUGCCCUUUUUUCACCUUUCUCACAAGGUGUUACUUCGCCGAAUACUCUCUGAAGUCUUGAAUUCACUCUGAACCCUUUCAAGCUACCCCAUACUCCACUCUACUUUAUAAGGACGACAGAUAUGCAGAAAAUAGAGCCUUCCUGUGGAGCAAGUCCAAGAUUUUGAAGGCUGAAUAACUAUUUUUUUGUUAGACACUGUGAGAUCUAGGGAUACUUUUUCCUGUGUUUUGGUCUGAGGGGAAGAAGCAUACUCCCGUGUGUGCACCUAUUUCUCAGGAUGGCAAAACCCCGAAGGAUAUGAAAAGGGAACAGGGGCUUGUGUGCGGAACUUCAGAGCAGAAAAAGUCUUUUGUCUUCAGGUUACCCAGCACAGUUGGAAUGGAAGUGACAAUGAAGAUGAGCAUGGAAUGCAGAUGGAUUGGUCAAGUCGACAAGUUCGCAGUGUAGAUCUUUUUUCCUUCCAGUUUCACCCGAGGGGACUUGUGGGGGCCUGAUGGAUUACAGUGGUGCCUACGAGUUCCUGAGAUGAAUCCAGAGGCUAAAUACACCACCACCACCACCACCACCACCACCACCAGCACUAGCACCAGCGGCAGCGGCCAGAUCUGGAAGCAUCUGCUCUGGGGAGGAAUCUGAGAAGCUCACCGGACACCAGACAUCCAUCACAGUGACAAUUCAGGGGAGAUCCACCAUGGACUUGUUAUGGCGUGGCAUUAGAGCGAGCCUGUGCUUCUUCUGAACCGCACUGUGUAGCACCCACUCACCUCUCUUCCACCCACCAUCCCCCUCCCAUGUCCCAUCUGUCUCUGAAUCAUGGAGAUUUUGUGGAAGACGUUGACAUGGACUCUGAGCCUGGUGGUCAUGGCUGCUACAGAAUCUCCGACCUCCCAGACGCUUUCCCACAGCUCUCAAGAGGAGUUCCUGUCCUUCCUGGACCACUACCAGCUGACGGUGCCCGUGCGGGUGGAUGAGAACGGGGACUUCCUCAGCUACACCCUGAAGCACCGCCGACCGGGCCGACGCCGACGGGGUGCCCCCCACCCGCCCGUGGGGAGCCUGGGCCCGGGCCACACAGAGCCCACGGAGCAUGCUCCAGAGACCCGGCUCUUCUACAGACUGUCGGCCUACGGAAAGCACUUUUACCUGAACCUCACCCUGAACCCUCAUCUGGUGUCCAAACACUUCACGGUGGAGUACUGGGGGAGAGGGGGCCUGGAGUGGAGGCACGACCUGAUGGAUAGCUGCCACUACGUGGGCUUCCUCCAGAACCAGAACGGCACUACCCGGGUGGCGCUUAGCAACUGCAAAGGGCUGCAUGGCGUAAUCACAACAGAAGACGAGCAGUAUGUAAUAGAGCCAUUGAAGAACGCGUCCUCCAACGCCUCCAGAGAGUGGAUCCUGGACCAGGCACAGCAACACGUUAUUUAUAAAAUGUCUGCCCUCUCCACACCGCAAGAGCACAGCCAGGAGUUCAGCUGUGGCAUUUCAGACCCCGUGAAGUGCAGUACACCCUGCUCCAAAAGCGCCCCGUCGUCUCCUGCCCUUCAAAAUAACAGCGCGGAUGGGAACUCCACCAGCAGACACCGUCGCUCAGUCAGCUCCGAGCGCUUCGUUGAGACCCUCGUGGUGGCGGAUAAGAUGAUGGUCGGCUACCACGGCCGCAAGGACAUCGAGCACUAUAUCCUGUCCGUAAUGAAUAUUGUUGCCAAACUUUAUCGUGAUGCCAGUCUAGGGAAUGUUGUGAACAUUAUCGUGACCAGACUAAUAGUUCUCACAGAAGACCAGCCUAACCUGGAGAUCAACCACCAUGCCGAUAAGUCCUUGGACAGCUUCUGCAAGUGGCAAAAGUCCAUCCUCUCUCACCAUGGAGAUGGAAACAGCAUUCCGGAACACGGAAUGGCCCAUCAUGACAACGCUGUGCUUAUCACUCGGUAUGACAUUUGCACCUACAAGAACAAGCCCUGUGGAACUCUGGGACUUGCCUCGGUAGCGGGGAUGUGUGAGCCAGAGCGAAGUUGCAGCAUCAACGAGGACAUUGGCCUUGGGUCGGCGUUCACCAUCGCACACGAGAUCGGUCACAACUUCGGGAUGAACCAUGAUGGUAUCGGGAACUCGUGUGGCACCAAAGGCCAUGAGACGGCUAAGCUGAUGGCGGCUCACAUUACCGCCAACACCAACCCCUUCUCCUGGUCGGCCUGCAGCAAGAAUUACAUCACCAGCUUCCUUGACUCAGGUCGGGGGACGUGUCUGGACAAUGAACCUCUGAAACGAGACUUCCUGUACCCAACAGUGGCCCCCGGGCAGGUGUACGACGCAGACGAGCAGUGUCGCUUCCAGUACGGAUCGUCCUCCCGCCAGUGCAAGUACGGGGAAGUGUGCAGAGAGCUCUGGUGCCUUAGCAAGAGCAACCGCUGUGUCACCAACAGUAUCCCCGCUGCCGAGGGGACCCUCUGCCAGACCGGCAGCAUCGAGAAGGGGUGGUGCUUCCAGGGGGAGUGUGUGGGGUUCGGCACCUGGCCCCAGAGCGUGGACGGAGGCUGGGGCCCCUGGUCCACGUGGGGGGAGUGCAGUCGGACCUGUGGUGGGGGCGUAUCGUCCUCCAUGAGGCACUGUGACAGCCCAGCCCCCUCUGGAGGAGGAAAGUAUUGUCUUGGAGAGAGAAAGCGCUACAGAUCCUGUAACACAGACACCUGUCUGGCGGGAUCCCGAGAUUUCCGGGAGAAGCAGUGCGCUGACUUUGACAGCAUGUCCUUUCGUGGGAAGUAUUACAACUGGAAGCCCUACACUGGAGGCGGCGUGAAGCCCUGUGCACUCAACUGUCUGGCGGAGGGCUACAACUUCUACACCGAGCGCUCCCCGGCCGUCAUAGACGGGACCCGUUGCCAGGCCGACUCCCUGGACAUCUGCAUCAACGGGGAAUGCAAGCAUGUGGGCUGUGACAACAUCCUGGGCUCGGACGCCAAGGAGGACCGCUGCCGUGUGUGUGGAGCAGACGGCAGCACAUGUGAAGCCACUGAGGGCCUGUUCAACGAUUCCCUACCGCGAGGAGGCUACAUGGAGGUGGUUCAGAUACCAAAGGGCUCGGUCCACAUCGAAAUCAAAGAGGUCGGCAUGUCCAAGAACUACAUCGCGCUGAAAUCGGAGGGAGAUGACUACUACAUCAACGGGGCUUGGACCAUAGACUGGCCCCGGAAGUUCGACAUCGCCGGCACCUCCUUCCACUACCGACGGCCCUCCGACGAACCCGAGUCCCUCGAGGCGCUGGGGGCCACCACCGAGGUCCUGGUUGUCAUGGUGCUGCUCCAGGAGCAGAACCAGGGCAUCCGCUACAAGUUCAACGUGCCCAUCCAGCGUACGGGGAGCGGGGACAACGAGGUGGGCUUCACCUGGUACCACCAGCCCUGGGCCGACUGCUCGGCAACCUGCGCCGGAGGCUCCCAGAAGCAGGAGAUAGUGUGCAAGCGGCUGGACGAUAACUCGGUGGUGCAGAACAGCUACUGUGACCUGGAGGGGAGGCCCUCGGAGAACCAGAGGGCCUGCAACACAGAGCCCUGCCCCCCCGAGUGGUUCAUCGGGGACUGGUCCGAGUGCGGGAAGACGUGUGACGGGGGCGUGAGGACCAGGACCGUGCUGUGCAUCCGGCGGAUCCAACCCGCCGAGGAGGAGACGGUGGAGGACAGCCACUGCCUCACCCACAGGCCCAUCGAGAGGGAGCCCUGCAACAACCAGUCCUGCCCGCCGCAGUGGGUCACCCUGGACUGGUCCGAGUGCAUUCCUAAAUGCGGGCUGGGCUUAAAGCACCGCAUCGUCCUGUGCAAGAGCAGCGACCAGACCAAGGCCUUCCCGCCCGCACACUGCCCCGGCCACGCCAAGCCCCCCGUCAGGAUCCGCUGCAGCCUGGGCCGCUGCCCGCCCCCCAGAUGGAUCCCCGGCGAAUGGGGACAGUGUUCGGCCCAGUGCGGCCUGGGCCAGCAGAUGAGGACCGUCCAGUGUCUGUCCUACACGGGGCAGAUGUCUGCCGACUGCUCCGACUCCCUCCGGCCCACCACCAUGCAGCAGUGUGAGAGCAAGUGUGACGCCGCCACGCCCAUCCUCAUCGGCGACGAAUGCAAGGAUGUCAACAAGGUGGCGUACUGUCCACUGGUGCUGAAGUUUAAGUUCUGCAGCCGGGCCUACUUCAGACAGAUGUGCUGCAAGACCUGUCAAGGGCACUGAGGAGGGACGGACGGACAGACGGAAAAGCCACAGAGGACAAAAACUAAGAUGGAGGACAGGCGGGGGUAAGCAAUGGGAGGAAGACUAAAAGAGCAGACUGGCAUUUAGAGAGUGCGAGAGACAGGGAAAUGUACACUGUGGGGAGAGGGAGAGAGAGUACAGAUUGAC